CGCAGACCGAGCCUGUAAAGCGUGCUGGUUGAGCAGGACGUGAAAACAAACAACAUGCUGAAGUCAAAAACAUUUAUGAAGAAGACCCGCUCUGGAGGGAUAUUAAAGAUUGUCAGAGAACAUUACCUUCGGGAUGACAUUACAUGUGGCUGCAAAGGAUGUGAGGAGUGCAAGCAGGAAAGCCCAGUUCUACAGUUAGAACCUGUCCUACAGAGUUCGCUGUGUGCAUCACCUCACUAUCUGCUACCAGACACCAAUGUUCUGCUUCACCAGAUUGAUAUCCUGGAAGAUCCUGUCAUUCAGAAUGUGAUUCUGCUCCAGACUGUCCUUCAAGAAGUCAGAAGUCGUAGUGCACCGGUUUACAAAAGAGUACGAGAUAUUAUAAAUAAUUCGGAAAAAUAUUUCUACACAUUCACCAAUGAGCAUCAUAGAGAAACGUACAUUGAACAAGAGCAAGGAGAAACGUCUAAUGAUAGAAAUGACCGAGCAAUACGAACUGCAGCAAAAUGGUACAAUAACCACAUUAAAAAGUCUGAAAAUGUGGCUGACAUCAAGGUACUUUUAAUUACCAACGACAGGAAAAACAAAGAAAAAGCAGUGGAUGAGGGCAUUGUCGCGUACACAUGUGAAGAAUACAUUAAAAGUCUGGUUGCUAAUCCUGAACUAGUUGACCGUCUUGCCUCUGUGUCUGAUGAGAAGAACGAAAUAGAAAGUGGAAAGCUUAUUUUUAUAGAGCAUAUUCCCUUGUCCAAAUUGCAGCAGGGCAUAAAAUCUGGCACUUACCUGCAAGGAACUUUCCGGGCCAGCAGAGAUAAUUACCUGGAGGCUACAGUGUGGGUUCAUGGAGAUGGUGCAGAGCAGAAAGAGAUAAUAUUGCAAGGUUUGAGAAAUAUAAAUCGGGCCUUGCAUGAAGAUAUUGUAGCUGUGGAGUUGUUGGAAAAGGAGAGUUGGGUGGCACCAUCAUCUGUUGUUCUGCAAGAUGAUGGAGAGGCAGAUGAUAUUGAAUCCACAGAGGAAAAGGAAAAAAUGCUGAAAACAGGUGUACAGGGCACAGCAAAACCAUCUGGAAAAGUUGUUGGAAUCAUAAAGAGAAAUUGGAGACCAUAUUGUGGCAUGCUUGCCAAAUCUCAAAUUAAAGAGUCCACUCGACACCUGUUUACUCCUGCUGACCGGAGAAUACCUCGAAUCCGCAUAGAGACAAGACAAGCGUCUACGUUAGAGGGCCAGAGGAUCAUAGUUGCUAUAGAUGGGUGGCCCAGAAACUCCAGAUAUCCUAAUGGACACUUUGUUAAGAACCUAGGUACAGCUGGUGACAAGGAGACAGAGACCGAAGUAUUGCUCCUAGAACAUGAUGUUCCCCAUCAGCCAUUCUCCCAGACUGUUCUCAGCUUCCUGCCCAAAAUGCCAUGGGGUAUUACACCCCAGGAUAUGAAGCACAGAAUUGACCUGAGACAUCUUUACGUGUGCAGUGUGGAUCCUCCUGGGUGUACAGACAUUGACGAUGCAUUACAUUGUCGAGAACUAGAAAAUGGUAAUAUGGAGGUUGGUGUCCAUAUUGCAGACGUCAGUCAUUUUAUUCGACCUGGAAAUGCUCUAGACCAGGAAUCGUCUAACAGAGGAACAACAGUCUAUCUAUGUGAAAAGAGAAUUGACAUGGUACCAGAACUGCUCAGCUCAAAUUUAUGUUCGUUAAGAUCAGAAGUGGACAGGUUGGCAUUUUCAUGUAUUUGGGAGUUAACACAUGAUGCAAAGAUCGUAAAUACAAAGUUCACAAAAAGUGUUAUCAAUUCCAAAGCUUCCCUUACAUAUGCUGAAGCACAGAUGAGAAUUGAUUCACCGACCAUGAAUGAUGAGAUUACCACAAGCCUCCGUCUGCUGAAUAAAUUAGCAAAGAUUUUGAAGAAGCAGAGAAUAGAUAAUGGGGCUUUAACGCUUUCUUCACCUGAGGUUCGAUUUCACAUGGACAGUGAAACACACGAUCCCAUAGACCUUCAGACAAAGGAGUUAAAAGAAACUAAUUCCAUGGUGGAAGAAUUUAUGUUACUUGCAAAUAUAUCUGUGGCACAAAAGAUUUAUGAUGAGUUUCCUGAAUAUGCUCUUCUCCGAAAGCAUCCAGCACCUCCACCUGCGAACUAUGACAUUCUGGUGAAGGCGGCAAGGUCCAAGGAUUUGGAAAUUAAGACGGACUCUGCCAAGGCUUUAGCAGAUUCUUUAGAUAAAGCCGAAUCUCCUGAAUUUCCUUAUCUGAACAACUUACUGAGGAUCCUGGCUACUCGGUGUAUGAUGCAAGCUGUCUACUUUUGCUCAGGAAUGGACAAUGAUUUCCACCAUUAUGGUCUAGCCUCUCCCAUAUACACACACUUUACUUCUCCGAUCAGAAGGUAUGCUGAUGUCAUUGUUCAUAGGCUUCUUGCUGUGGCUGUGGGUGCAGAUAGCACUUACCCAGAUCUUACAGAUAAACAUAAACAGGCUGAAAUCUGCAAAAAUAUCAACUUCAGGCAUAAAAUGGCUCAGUAUUCGCAGAGAGCAUCAGUUGCUUAUCAUACACAGCUCUUCUUCAAAACCAAGGGGUUAGUGACCGAAGAAGGAUAUAUAUUAUUUGUGAGAAAGAAUGCAAUCGUUGUUUUAAUACCAAGAUUUGGGUUAGAAGGAACUGUAUUUUUUGAGGAAAAAGAUAAAAGGAAGCCACUUCUAGUUUACAAUGAUGAGAUUCCCUCCUUGAAAGUAGAAAACACCACAUUUUACAUGUUUGACAAAGUAAAAGUGAAAAUCACAUUGGAUGCAUCUAACCUCCAACAUCAGAAGAUCCGCAUGGCAUUAGUGGAACCAGAGAUACCUGGUUUUAACGCACUAAGUGACCAAAGAAACGCAAAUGGUGAACCAACUGUCAAGAAGAGUAAACUAGAAAAGUAGAUGUCUUAUUCAAAAGGCAACAGAUCAAUAUGUGAACUCUUUUGUAAAUGGUGUACUUUACGACAACAAUUUUAAUCUUAUUUUAUAGUUUUUUUUUUUUUUUUUUUAUACAUAUUUUACCAAGCACACUGUGAAAUAUCAUUUCUGUAUCUGCUUCAGUGGUCUGGAGAAAUCCAAAUAAAGGGACAGUGUCCGAGUACACUGUUUUAAUCUUCAGAUAGAAG